ACGACUCCAGCCUCUACCCGCACAUGUUCUCCAGAGCCUACAUCAACUUUAAAAACCAGGAAGACAUCGUGCUCUUCAGGGACCGCUUUGACGGCUACGUGUUUGUCGAUCACAAAGGUCAGGAAUAUGCUGCCAUAGUUGAAUUUGCACCUUUCCAAAAAGCUGCGAAAAAGAAGAGUAAGAAAAAGGAUGCGAAAACUGGAACCAUCGAAGAUGACCCAGAGUACAAGAAGUUUUUGGAAAGUUACAGUGCAGAUGAUGAAAAAUUAACCUCCACUCCCGAAACAUUGUUGGAGGAAAUAGAGGCAAGAAACAAAGAGCUAAUAGCUAAAAAGACUACUCCUUUAUUGAACUUCUUGAAAAAUAAACAGAGGCUGAGAGAAGAAAAAAGAGAGGAGAGGAGGAGAAGAGAAUUGGAAAGAAAAAGACAAAGAGAAGAAGAAAGAAGAAAAUGGAAAGAGGAGGAAAGAAGGAAGAGAAAAGAAGCAGACAAACUGAAGAAGGUAGACAGAUGUCCUGAAAAAGAAAGAGACCGAUCAAAAGAAGAACCAAAGAUUAAGCUACUUAAGAAGCCUGAAAAAGAUGAAAAAGACUUGGAGAGAAAAGAGAAAUCCAAGAAACUGGAAAAAGAGACUCUGAGGGAGGAAAAAAAUGCGAGUAGUUCAUCUGCCAAACGAUCUGAUGGGGAGACAAAAGAAGAGAAGGCAAAAAAAUCAGAAGAUGAGUGUGUAAAGGACUACAGGGACCGAGAUAGAGAUUUUGAAAGAGACAGAGAAUAUGAGAGAGCACAGAGGGAAAAACUGAGGCGCCAAGAAGAGGAGCGUCGGAGGCAGAAAGAGCGCUUUGAGAAAGAGAAGGUUUUUAGAAGAAAAGAGGAAGAGGUGAAAAAGGAGAGAGACUUGCUCAGAGAAAAGGGAAAGAAAAGUGAUCUUACAGACUUUACCAGCAGCACGGACAAAUCUGAGAAAGUAACCAAAGACGAUAAAAAAGAGGAUACAAUCAAGAGGGAUCGUAUCAGAAACAAGGACCGGCCAGCGAUGCAGCUGUACCAGCCGGGCGCCCGCAGCCGCAGCCGGCUGUGCCAGUACGAGGAGAGCGCUGGGAAGCCCUCGGAUCCGGGCGCCGAGCGGAAGCUCGAGAGUGAGACCAGUAACAUGAAGGAGGAGGAGUGACUCGCAUGCAAGCCUUAUGUGUUCUGACUGUCUGUGCAGCCAAAGAGCAUGUACUACGCAAUCCAGAAGUGCCUUCGAAGCGAAGAAGGAACAAAGGAAGGAGAGGGGGCUUUGUGCUGUUGGAUGUUUCUGGUUAAAGAACCUCAGCUGUAGAUUCGG